CCCAUUUUUCUCAAAGCAAAACCCUAGGGUUUCUUCAUUUCCUCUUACACACACAGAGCACGAUGGCAGCCGCCGCCGCCCGCCCUCUGGUCACCGUGCAAUCUCUUCCAUCUCUCAAUGAUAUGGCCACUGACUCUGCCACCACUUUGGCUCUUCCCGAUGUGAUGAAGGCCUCGAUCAGGCCUGAUAUUGUUAACUUUGUCCAUUCCAAUAUUUCCAAGAACAGCCGCCAGCCAUACGCUGUGUCCAAGCGUGCCGGUCACCAGACUUCCGCCGAGUCGUGGGGUACAGGGCGUGCCGUUUCCCGUAUCCCUCGUGUCCCCGGCGGUGGUACUCACCGGGCUGGGCAGGGAGCUUUCGGUAACAUGUGUCGUGGAGGACGCAUGUUUGCUCCGACUAAGAUCUGGCGCCGCUGGCACCGUAAGAUCAAUGUGAAUCAGAAGAGAUAUGCGGUUGUAUCUGCAAUUGCUGCAUCUGCUAUUCCCUCUCUGGUUAUGGCUCGUGGUCAUAGAGUGGAAUCUGUACCUGAAAUGCCCUUGGUUAUUAGCGAUUCUGCAGAGAGCGUCGAGAAAACAUCAGCUGCAAUUAAGUUGUUAAAGGAGAUCGGUGCUUAUUCCGACGCUGAGAAGGCCAAGGAUAGCCACGCGAUCCGGCCAGGAAAAGGUAAGAUGAGAAAUCGCAGGUACAUUUCUCGCAAAGGCCCACUGAUUGUGUACGGAACUGAAGGAGCUAAGCUGGUUAAGGCCUUCAGGAACAUUCCAGGAGUGGAGGUGGCGAAUGUGGACCGUCUCAAUCUGCUGAAGCUAGCUCCUGGUGGCCAUCUAGGUCGUUUUGUUAUCUGGACGAAGUCUGCUUUUGAGAAGCUGGACUCUAUCUAUGGAUCAUUUGAGAAGAUAUCGGAGAAUAAGAAGGGUUAUGUGCUGCCUAGGGCGAAAAUGGUAAAUGCUGAUCUUGCUAGGAUCAUCAACUCUGAUGAAGUUCAAUCUGUAGUGAAGCCCAUCAAGAAUGAGGUGAAGAGGGCUCCACUGAAGAAGAACCCUCUCAAGAACUUGAACGUUAUGCUUAAGCUAAAUCCUUAUGCCAAGACUGCUAGGAGGAUGUCACUUCUAGCUGAAGCCCAGCGCGUCAAGGCUAAGAAGGAGAAGCUGGACAAGAAGAGAAAGGCUGUAACGAAGGAGGAGGCUGCUGCAAUCAAGUCUGCAGGCAAGGCUUGGUAUCACACUAUGAUAUCAGACAGUGACUAUACGGAGUUUGAGAACUUCACUAAAUGGCUGAAUGUUACUCAGUAGUCCUGUAUUCUGCAUUUCAAAUUUUCUUGGGCAAGAUUUUGUUCUUUGUUUCGUUUUGUUAACUAGAUUUUGUCAUCUGUUUUGUUUUGUUAAUUUUGUUGUGCGAUUAGACAUGGAUGAGAAUGUUUUGCAAUUGGACAUUUUUCUUGGUAUGCUAGUUCAAAAGAAAUUUUAUACGCC